UCCGGGCUGGAGAGGGUGUGGCCGGGAGAACCGCGAGCCCCACAGGGGUCGGUCCGUGACUUCUCGGAAAAGAGCGAGGAACGCGCUCUGUGGGCAAUGGACUCCACAGGCUUCUGACGACAAACCUGGGACGGAGAAUCCGGGAGUCCUGAAAAGACAGGUGAGCGGCGCUAGGGGAAGGACAAGCCAGGGUCCCCAUCCGGACCGCCAUGGCCGUGCACGCCCGUCGUCUGUGCCACAUUGCCUUCCACGUGCCCGCGGGGCAGCCGCUCACCCAGGAUCUGCAGCGUGUCUUCGGAUUCCAGCCCUUGGCGGUGCGGGAAGCAGAAGGCUGGCGGCAAUUGGCCCUGCGCAGCGGCGACGCGGUCUUUUUGGUGAACGAGGGCGCAGGGCCGCGGGAGCCGCUGUACGGCCUGGACCCACGUCAUGCUGUGCCCAGCGCCACGAACCUGUGCUUCGACGUGGCGGACGCGGGCGCCGCCGCCCGGGCGUUGGUUGCGCGGGGCUGCAGCGUGCCGGUGCCCCCGGUUAGCGUUAAGGAUACGCACGGCACAGCCACCUACGCUGUGGUCAGCUCGCCCGCCGGCAACCUCAGCCUGACACUCCUGGAGCGUGCCGGCUUCCGAGGACCUUUCCUCCCGGGAUUCCAGCCUGUGGCCUCUGCAGCCAGCCCGGGCUGGGUCAGCCACGUGGACCACCUGACCCUGGCCUGCACCCCUGGCAGCUCCCCCACACUGAUGCGCUGGUUCCACGACUGUCUAGACUUUCGCCACCUGCCACUGAGUCCAGGUGAGGAUCCGGAGAUAGGCCUCGAGGUGACAGCAGGAUCUGGGCGAGGGGGACUGAAGCUCACCGCCCUGCAGACCCCCCCAGGCAGUGCUGUCCCCACCCUCGUGCUGGCUGAGACCCUGCCAGGGGCUUCUAGUGGACAGGACCAGGUGGAGCAGUUCCUGGCCCGGCACAGGGGACCAGGACUGCAGCACGUGGGGCUCUACACACCAGACAUCGUAGAAGCCAGUGAGGGGGUAGCAGUGGCUGGGGGCCAGCUCCUGGCUCCUCCUGAGGCAUACUACCAGCAGCCGGGCAAGGAGAGGCAGAUCCUAGCUGCUGGGCAUCAGCCUAGCCUGCUGGCCCGACAGGGGAUCCUGCUGGACGGUGAUGAAGGCAAGUUUCUGCUUCAGGUCUUCACCAAGUCUCUCUUUCCAGAGGACACCUUCUUCCUGGAGCUGAUUCAGAGGCAGGGGGCCACAGGCUUUGGCUGGGGCAACAUCCGGGCCCUGUGGCAGUCGGUGCAGGAGCAAGCCGCCAGGGACCGCCAGGGACCGGGAAGCCUGAGGAAGGCUGGGGCUGGGGAGCACCGGGCCAGCUGGAACUGAGAAACACCUGCAGAGGCUUGGGGUGCUUUGUCCCCAGAGGCACCAUCUCUUCGGUGCCUACCAGAACUUGAAGCUCUCACUGAGACCCAAAGAGGCGGGAUUUUGUUUUGAACUAUGAACUGUUCUUACGUCUUCUAUAACUAAUAUAUAUGCAAGAUACAAAGAAUAAUAAAGGAAUUACAUAAUUAGGAAAUAGAACUUCCCAAUACUUUUGAACCAUCUUUGUGACCUUCUCUGAUCCCAUUUCUCUCCACCCUAUCCAAUUUUUAUUAUUAACCCCUUGAUUUGCUGUAUUAUUUCACUACGUAUGAAACAAUAGAGAAAUAAAUUUAGUAUUUGAGGUAGGAAUUCUAAGAACAAAUCUUCCCAUUUCCCCUCUCCCUAGGGAGCAGCCACUGCAGGUGGGGAGGGGUUGGGUCAGGGCUGAGCCCAGCCACCUGCUCUAGGACAAUACCACUGCUCUAUAGUCAGAGCCGACCAGAGAUCUGGACCAAGGGUGUUGGGUGUCAGCCACAGGCAGGGGCCCUCUGCAGCUGCUUUCUCCCUCUCUCCUCAGGGUUGUGGGAGGACAGAUCACUCUGGAGAGAACACCCACCGCCAUUUGCCCGGGGCUGGCUGGGAGCCCAGGCAGUGGAAGUCAGCACCAAACAGGACUUUACCACUUUCUGGGUCCCUCCGAGAGGAAGAACGAGUGGGCGAGGGAGGGGGUGGAAAGUCUCCAAAAUGACUAUAAAAAUAAGCACUUUAUUAAAAAACCGGAUUCUCAGGAAGUGGGGGCUUCCAGAGGUGUCACUGGGCAGUACUGUUGAGGCUGGAUGCAUCCGGAGGCCGAAAGAAACUAUCCAGGAGUUGCUGGCCCGGGCUGGGCUUUUUCCGGCUGGAUGGAGUGGACACCGGGCAUCUUUUGGGACCCUGUGCAGAAGCCAAAGAAAGGAGGCACUAAGGGGGCAGCAGAGUCCUCUCCUUCCGCCCCCUCUCCACUCCACUAAUACAGCUCAGGUUCUAGUCUGAAUGUUGUAAAGCUUCCAACCCGUCUCCAGUAUCUACGUCUUCGGUCAACAUGGCAGCCCAAGGUAGUCUUCCUAAGAUACAAACCAGACUCCUCUCUCCACCCAAAAUGCUUUAGCGGCCUGGUGUUCAUGGCCCUGACUGGCCUGCGCGGGCCCUGCUGAUCAAACGCGCCUAGCUCCUCGCACGCUGCAUUAUGAAGUUGGCCGCAUUAUGCCAGCAUUGCCCACAGGACUCUUGGGCCCAGGGAAGAACAUUCCUACUGCGGACUCCCCUCCCAAACCUGGAGGUAAUGGUUCGGUUCUUCCACACAGAUUACCAGCUGCUGCUUCUAAGCGGCCCUUCCUGAUCCUUGCCUCCCAGACAGAACUGAAAGCUCUCCACCUCAUAAGCCACAAAACCGAGUACAAGCAUUUUGCACACCUGGGGCCCUACUGUCUCCACCAUUUGUUCUUAUUCCCUCACCACCCUGGCCUCCAAGCUAUAAGGUGUCUAGGGAAGAACUAUUAUUCCUCUCCCCACAGCCAAGUGUGGAGUGGAUAAUGUUCACCCAAGCAUGUGUCAUUUAACUCACUGAAAACCCGGGGAUUUGGGCCUGAGGAAAGAUGGCUGGGGGAGGGCCAAGAGACUCACCUUGCGGGUCCCUGGCUGUUGGCCCUCAUACACACGGAACACCUGGCCAAGGAGAGAGGGGGAGAGCGCAGGGCUGGCACCUUUCCCCAAAGAGCCAAACCCCUGUGGUCUCUCAACUUCAUGCCCCCACACAUCUGUUUAAAAUACGCUUUUGUUGUGGGGUGCCUGGGUGGCUCAGUCGUCAAGUGUCUGCCUUUG